GGCUGUUUUGAUUGUUGCAGACUAUUGACAUUGUUUUGAUGAUUAUCACAUCAUGACAGUGGGUGUGCAUCUCCGACAUGCCGAGGUUUCAAAAGUGCACAUUAACUUUGUCUCCAACACAAUUCAGCUAUGAACCUCAUAGUACGAACAGGGGGCACAGUUUGGUCGAAAAGCGCUUGCAAAUCGAGAGGGGAAUCGCACUCUGUCAACCAAUUUGCUUUUUCCGUAAGACUGGGCCGUCCGAGGGUUCCGCAUCACUAGUUGCUUGAGGAGUCUUCCGGUAAUAUCACCAGUUUCCAGAUUGACGGUCUCGCAUUACUCGGCCAGUUUAUUUGGAUUGGAUUCACCAUGUCUUCUAAAGAUGAUCAGCCCGAUCUCGACCCGCGAGAGUUAUGUCGUCCUCUACCAUUCGUCGAGUUGAUGGCGCUCGAGCCACUGAAUGAUUCCCGCCAGCCAUUGACUACUGCUGAUGAUCCUGAAAGGCCAUACCGAUUUCGCUCAAGAGCUGUCCCGUUCUCUCCGGGGGGCGGAUUCAUGGCAUUUGGCGGACAUGUAUAUGCUCAAUCGGCGUAUGCCGCGUCCAAAACCGUGGGCAAUGGAUUUACAAUACAUAAUAUGACCGGUACUUUUACACUCCCCGGGCGUCUGGACGUUCCAUUUGUCUAUGCGGUCCGACGCACACGAGACGGGAAAGUGUAUUGUACUCGUACAGUUGAUGCGCGACAAGAUGGUGAUGUCUGCUUCACGUGCGUCUGUUCGUUCAAAAGGGAUGAAAAGAAACAGGCUUUCGGUCAUCAACCCGAGACUGCUCAGCAACGCUACAAGUCUGUCUUAUAUGGGAAGCGUCCUGAAGAUCACCCUGCCAGUCCAAGCGUGGAUGCCGACUGGUGGAUCGAACAUGUUGAAGAAGGAAGUAUCACGGAGAAAGAAUUUCCCGGGGCUGACGUGAGAAAGGUGGAUAUGAACGGCUAUAAUGACGCGAAAGAGAUCAAGCAAAAUCCAGAAAAGUACCGGCAAUUAAGCUUUUACUCGAUCAAGGGUUCCCCGGAGUAUCCUGCUACAUCCCGAGACAUUCUCGACCUCAAAACCAGGGACCAGUCGGGAGAGUUUGAUAACCUCUAUAUAUGUGCACAUUUGUAUUCCAGCGACAAGAACUCCAUCCCGUUAAUCCCACGCGCAUUGGGCAAUACAAACUUUAUUGCACUAGCGAGCUUGACCCUGACUGUAAUCAUUCAUCAGCAUGAAGAAGCUUUGAGAAUGAUCGAUUGGGGCUCCGUGGCAUCUGAUGACGCGAAGGACUUGCCAAAGAAGUGGUUUUUACAGGAAGCUUGGACUUCUCGGUCAGGAGGGAAUAGGGCAGUCCAUGAGAGUUGGCUAUGGAAUCCGAAUGGCGCAUUGUUGGCAACCACGUUGCAAGACUGUCUACUUCGAUACCCAUCUGAAGAGAAAUUGUAGAUGCAUAUCUGACUUUUCUGUACUGUAUGUAACAUCUUUAAUAGAGAAUCGGUUUUCAUCGCUUGGUU